GUCGAGAGACCGACAGUCUCUGGGCUAUUUCUCCCAGCCUCCUUACAGAGAAGCCGAUGAUCGGAAAACAAAGGCAGACUUUAGGCGCGUUCACACGGACGAGUGGUGGACGAAGGAGUUCCUGUCGAUUCCACAAGAGAAUCCGAAGGUCGCUUUUGACAGAGAAGGGGUGUUGGUGGUCUACAAGCCUGCCUUUUGGACUGUGACCACAUGCGCG